AUGGAGGAUUUUGGCGCUAAAUUGCAGUCAGAGGCAGAGUCUUCAAAUCACAAACCAGAAAAGCUCAGAGAUGACCAACCAAAGCGUAAGCAAAGCCCCGAUAAAAGAGAGAACCAGCCAGAGGCUGUGGCUUCAAACAAACCAACAAUGAUCAGAGAGCGCCAACCAAUGCAAAAAAGACAAAAGCAAAGCCCAGAUGAAAGUAAACAACAGGCAGAGGCUACUUCAAACAAACCAGAGAGGGGUCGCAAACAGAAGCAAACCGAAGAUCAAAAACGUGCAAAAAAAAAAGAAACCGAUAAAAAAUAUCGGCAAAAGAAAAAUAAUUUGCAUCUGGAAAUGAAGGACGAAAACGAAGCAUUACAAAAGAAAUGCGAAGCAUUACAAAAGAAGUGCCAAGAAUCAGAGAAAGAGAAAGAAGAAUUGAAAAGGAAGGGGGAGGCAGACCAGUCUGAAAUAAACUCUUUGAAGGAACGGCUUUCUAAGAAAUGUAAUUCUUCUAUUCUAUCUUUCGGAGUUUUAAAAUUGAUGGUAUGCGCUAAUGCAAUUGAUGUUUCUCCUAAUUUGCAGGAGCAUGAUGAGGAAAACUCUGGAUUCCCUAUACCGGAUGAUUGGUUUUCAAAUCUCGAGGGCGAGGAAAACUUCAGCGAGUAUCCAGAUCUACAGUGUGGUCAGACCAAAGGAAUCAUGGAAGGUUCUCUUGUCGACGAGGCAUUGCUGGAUUCCAUGACUAUCAAUGGCGAUACGGUAGUAGCGGUACUAAAGGAGAAUUCCCACAUGAUCCAAGAGAUAUUCAGCCAGCACCCUCGCACUGCAUCUGACCUUCGAGUUCGCUUGCCAGCUUCAAGAAAUGGCUUCAUGAACACAUUAGCUGAAGUCUACAAAAUUGCAACAAAAGAAGAGCUCACCCCAGAGGAAAUCAAGUGCAUGGAGAACGGUAUUGAAGAUUUGAAGCUUGCAGGUUUUGAGAUUUCAUGGCUGGAGGACCUGUUGUUAAAGUGUCGGGAACACGUUGAACGGACGGAAGAAAUUAGAAGGAAGGAGGCUGAGCUAAAUCUUCUAAAGGAAAAGCAAAGCAAGGGCAUAGAAGAGCGCAAGUCCAAAAGACAAACGCCUAUCUGAGACUUUUCUCCGAAAGAUGGUAUGACAUUUGCCCUUAAAUUACAAACUUAAACAUUAUUUCUAUGUUUCGUUACUUUUAUAUUGUACUUAUAUGUAUGCAUACGUGUAUUCUAUGCAUUUAUUUGCGUUUGAAGAUUGUGCGUACGGCUUUUGUUUUGGCUAAGCAGUGUGAGAUCAUUAUCUUAUUUCCACUCUUCUAAGUAUGUAUUUAUGUUUGAAGAUUGUAUGUAGGGCUGUUUCUUCUUGACCAAGGAUCGUUAUUAUUAUCUUUUUUCGGUACUUCCUUCCUUUUAGGGGCGUUUUAGCAUUUAAAAGGUAAAUUUGACUUUUUCUUUUUCAGUGUGUAAGUCAGCUGAUAAAUAGGGAUAUUUUGAUCAUUUUGAUUGAGCUGA